AAGCCGUUCCGGAGCCAUCCCAAAAAUGGCUUCCAUAUCGUUUCUCCCAGAGGAGGAUCUCUCCUGUGCUGUUUGUCUUCAAGGUGUAGCCACAGCUCCUGGAAACGCCUGUCUGCAGGAAAACUGGAGUCUAAAGGAUUUCUGGGAAUGUUCUGGAAAGCCCGUCUGUCUUCUGGAAACGCCUGUCUGCAGGAAUACUGGAGUCUAAAGGAUUUCUGGGAAUGUUCUGGAAAGCCCGUCUGUCUUCUGGAAACGCCUGUCUGCAGGAAUACUGGAGUCUAAAGGAUUUCUGGGAAUGUCCACUUCACAGAAAGAGAUCCUGAAAUCAUCCUCCCCUUCACCUGGCCUUGAGGAACCUGUGCGAGGCCUUCUCACAGUCACAGCUAGAAAGACAGAGAGCUUCUGA